CUUUGAGCAUUUAUUUUUAAAUCCCAUGAUUAAUUUAAAACUACUUAAUUAAAAGAUAUUUCGCAAAAAUAUUAUCUUUGAAGUACAUUUAAAUCCAGAUUUAUUGAUUGCUUAUCACAUAACCUUAAAUUUUUUAGGUUAACAUUUUCACAGCCAACUGAUAAACAUCGACAUUUGCGACAUUCUGCGAAUAAAAACGAUAAAAAUGUUUGAGCCUCUACUCUCUCAGCUAAAUGACAUGAGAAUUAUACUGGCAAGCAGUUCAAAAGUACGACAAACAAUACUGGCAAGUACAAAGUUAAAAUUCGAGGUUGUACCGUCGAAUUACGAGGAAAAUUUGGAUCCCAAAGAGCACACAUUCUCGGAUUUUGUAGAAAAAACAGCCAUGGGUAAAUUAAACGACGUUUAUGAACGUUUUAAGAAUGACUCAAGAAAACCUGAUAUCAUUAUUGGUGUUGACACAAUGGUAACAUUUAAUGGUAGAAUGUAUGGUAAACCAAAAGACAAAAAUGACGCUAUUAGAACUAUUACAAACUUAACACAAUCUGGGAUGCCUAACAUGGUUUACACAGGUGUUGCUAUAUGGUAUAAGGAUAAUAUUUAUAAAUUUACUGAAGUUACCACAGUACAUAUGCAUAAGUUAACAAAAGAAGAAAUAAUUUCUUAUGUUGACAGUGGUGAGCCUUUUGGUAAAGCUGGAAGUUAUGGGAUACAAGGGAUUGCAAGCACUUUUGUUAAGCGGAUAGAAGGAGAUUGUAAUAAUGUUAUAGGGCUGCCUUUACACACCCUAACAUAUAAGUUAAAAGAGCUUAUUAACCAAAAAUGAAUGAUUUUAAGUUAAAUAUUAUAUUUAAUGUAUUUUUUAAUAAAUUGUUAGGUUUAAA